GGUUCUCAGUCGACCACCGUGACGCUGGCCGAUUGCUUUCCCUCUUACCUCACCGUCCUUCUCUUUUUUCCUUUCUGUGGUCCUUGUUAGACGGAUCUGUCAGCAUACUUGACUGCUACGAUGUCAUUAACAGAAUCGCCAGAGAUCAUCAGCGCUCAACCAGACAGCAAAACUCGUCGGUAUGACCGUCAGCUCAGACUGUGGGCAUCCUCUGGUCAAACUUUGCUCGAAGAAUCGCGAAUUUUGGUCUUGUCUUCGUCAGCCACAUCAACAUCGAUCCUUAAGAAUCUAGUCCUACCAGGGAUUGGCCACUUUACCAUUCUCGAUGAUGCCAUUACCAGCGCUGCUGAUGCUGGUAAUAACUUCUUCCUUGAAGGGCCUUCUUCAAUAGGGAAACGCCGUGCAUCUGAAGCCGUACGUCUUUUGGCCGAGCUGAAUGAUAGCGUAACGGGGGAGGCAGUGACUUCGACACCUGUGGCCAGCGUGGUGUCGUCGCUCAAUUUUCUUAGUAAAUUCACCCUUAUUAUCACUCAUAAUCUGCCUCCAAGUCAACUGCAGACCCUCUCCGACACAUUGUGGUCGUCGCCUACGGCACCUGCUCUACUGGCUGUCUCUUCGUCCGGUUUUUUUGCCGAAUUUUUCAUUCAACAUCAUCCGCACCCCAUCAUUGAAUCUCACACCGAGACGCCUCCUUCUUUGCGAAUACGUGAUCCGUUCCCAGCUUUACUUGAACAUUCCAAGUCUCUCAAACUUUCUGAAUUAGACCCUACGGAGCAUGCUCAUAUUCCAUAUAUUCCCAUUCUCAUACACGCCAGAUCACUCGUCCCUCACGACCCAAAGACCCAGGAAGAGAAAAAUGCGUUCAAAACUCUCAUUCUCUCACUCAAGUUCAAGCAGGAUGAGGAGAAUUUUGACGAGGCACAUGCUCAGGCAUACCGCGUCUGGACACCGACAUCUCUUCCUUCCUCUCUCACCCAAGACAUCUUCCCACAUCUUGAUACCAAGCUUGCUCCGCCUGCCAUCCCAGGCAUUAUGCAUGCCCUUCUGACGGCACUCCGGCGAUUCACGGAGCGGGAGCCACACGUACUGCCUGUGUCUCCUGGGUUGCCAGAUAUGAAGGCUUCGACGGAAACGUACAUUCAUCUGCAGAGGAUGUACAAGGACCAAUUCAAUUCCGACAAGGAGAUGUUUAAAUCACUAAUCCCUCCGAAUCCGGGUGAGAUUCCAGACGAUCUUAUCGAGACGUUCAUCCGGAAUGCUCAUGGAGUGCAAGUCUUUGUGGGGGAACAGUGGGGCGCAUUUGACAAAGAUGUGAACCGAGUUGGUGAGGCGUUGGUUGUCAGCCCCAAAGAUACAAGCGUGCAUUUGGCGCUCAGGGCAGUCAGAGAGGCCCUAGAAAACAGCGGCGCUAGUGAAGGCGCAAGCGCCAAUGUAUCGGCAGAGGAGAUUAAGAUGCACAUUGUGGGCAUGCUACCGCCUGACACAGAGCUCGGUGAAGAGAUAGAUAAGGCCAUUGGAGAGAUUACGCGAUCUCCUACAGCUGAUCUGCCUAAUACUGCAGCCAUGCUGGGUGGUCUCGUUGCACAAGAGGCUAUCAAAAUGAUUACUAGACAAUAUGUUCCUCAGGGUGGAUACUGCAUUGUAGACUGUAUAGACAUGCGGACAGGCAUUGUCGGACUGUAAUGUGGUGAAGGUAUAUAGGUAAAAGUAUAUUUUGUGUACCAUAGAUCUAUCGCCAUGUAUGAUUCUCUUAAGAAUGUGGAGACCCC